UCUCUCUUCUAGCUAUUUUAUCCCUCUGGCUGAGGCAGUGGUGUACACCUACCCCUCGUCCUGCUGCCGACCAGAGGGGAGUGGAGUCGGCAGAGGCAGGUAGGAGUCCCGGCUUGGUGGACGCAUCCGUCGCAUUCCUCCACCAUGCCGGACCGGGGCAAGAGGCGAGGAGUGGAUGCUGUCGGCUCAUUCAACCUAUUAGACAGGGCCAGCUCCAUUUAACUCCGCAUGUCAAAGUUUGCAUUUUCAUGACGCAGCAGUGUGGCUGGAUUAUAGGUGUGAGCAGGAUGCCUUGAGCUCGCUACCCUAUGCCAUUCACUGGUAAAUCCACAAUAUACUGAGGCUGACUGCAUGGAGUAAUAGAUUACAGUGGAUACAUAAAUCAUGGGAGACCUGGAGUGUGGCUUUGAGGAAAUGCAAGGAGUGAGACUGGGAUACCUGCUCAUCAAAGGCAAGCAAAUGUUUGCUUUGUCUCAGGUCUUCACCGACCUGCUGAAGAACAUCCCUCGGACCACGGUGCACAAGCGCAUGGACUACCUGAAAGUGAAGAAGCACCACUGCGACCUGGAGGAGCUGCGGAAGCUCAAAGCAAUAAACUCUAUAGCUUUCCAUGCCGCUAAAUGCACUCUCAUUUCACGGGAGGACGUGGAGGCUCUGUAUUUCUCCUGCAAGACGGAGCGGGUGUUGAAGUCCAACAAAAGGAAAGCGAAAGCGGCGUGUUCCCCCGAGGAUGAGGAUGCGUCCUCGGAGCUCCUCCGCGCAGAUGCCGAGCUGUGGAGGGAAAAAGUUUGGUUUAGUUUGCACGGUGUCCCGGAGACUCUCACACUCCACAGCAAAACGGGCAGGAAGCGAGAGCUGACUCCUUGCCUUACCGACUCAAAACUACCUCAAUUUUAUCACAAAACGCACGGACGGGAUUACCGUUCGGUGACCAAGUCCAGUCACAAACACUUUAAAAACUAUGAAACAGCUAAAAUAACAGGGAACCGCGUUACUUUGAGCCAAAGGCACACGUUUUUCCGGAGCGCGGUGAGCCGGCAGCCGGUGGUGCUUCAGUCCGCCAUAGCUGCUCAGUCCAGGCUCUCUCGCUCAGCCGGCGACCUACUUCACAAAAGGAAGAGGAGGCGCGAGGGGGGCGGCGGCAGGGACAGCGCAAGGCACUCGUGGAGCAGAAGCAGGCACGCGCACCACCACGUACCACCGGUGCUGCUUGUGCAACCCAAAUCGUCUGGAAGUCACGGGACUUCUUUUGGUGCUUUCCACCUCAGUCCGGAUUUUUAUCUUGACCCCCGACCUCACCAUCAUCACCACCACCAGCAUCACCAUCAUCAUCACCACCACCACCACGAGCCAACUUUCCCGGAGAGUUACAGCAGCGACACCGAGUCCAGCACCUACUCGGAACGGGCUUACCCCGACUGGGACUUCGGCUCUGGGUUCUCUACCAGCAGCAACUCCGCCAGCUCGGAAGAGGAAGAAGAUGGCGAGGAAGAAGAUGACACGCAGUCGGAGAGUUCAGAGGUCAGCUCAGAGGAGGAGGAGAGCUCCUCUCAGUCCGACUCCAGCUCAGUUUCGAGCCGUGUUUCGGUCCAGAGCAUCCGGUUCAGACGCGCGCGAGUCGGCUCUCUCGCCAAAAGUCUCAACACUAGUAAAGCACCUUUGGUCCUACAGCCCACGUUUCACUACAACAACCCAGUGCAGCAGGAAAAAGAACACAAGACACUCAGCCAUGUUGCUACUUCACUAACACGGGACAAAAAACAGGAGAAACUUCAGAAACGUGAAUUCAUAUGCAGUGAGACUAGCGAGGAUUUGGGACACUUACAGUCCCCAAACUUUAACUCAGCUGCUGUGGGGGAGAGCUUUUUCAAUGAGUCCAAAAGGGAAAAGGCGCGUGAGUCUGAUCCGAACCAGGCUGACCCUGUGGAGGAGUUAAUUACAUCUUCACCGGGACCCAACCGGAAUAAGGCCUCUCACCCUUCACGCAGGACACCGGGGCAUCCCACCAAAUGCCCCCCCGGACUGAGCGCACAGUGUGACCACAACAAAGAGACCAAGCCGCAGAAAUGUGUCGACAGAAGGGAUGCGAAAGCCAUCACCAGCCCAAGUCUGCCCACUCCACUAAAAAAAAUCAAAACUGAGUCGGAGGAGCCCUCUGUGACUGCCACCCCCUCUUCGGACAGUGGCAGGACAGCCAGAACGCCACCGUUCAACUUCUACAAUGUGAAAGUUAAAGUGGAGGAGAGCGGCGAUGAAUAUGAAUACCACAGCCAGGCCACUGUAACCAAAUGUAAAGGAGAUAAAACAGAGAGCGGCAGUGGCCAGUAUCCCAGCGGAGCCAUAAAACAAGGAGAUUUUUCCAACAGCGGGAUUAAAACCACAGAGAAGAGCCCCGAUGUGGCCCCCAGGUCCCCCUGUGGUCCUCAGGAAUGCAGGAGUAGUCAGGACACCCCGUGUAUCGAGGAGGGGGAACACAGGAACAAAAACUGCAGGGCUCCGGUGCAGGGGAAUAAGAAACCCCGAGUUUCCAGGACCCAAACAAAACAAAACGCAUCUAGGGUUCACAAGGCUGCCUCUUCCUCUUCCUCCUCCUCUUCUUCUUGUUCUCGUCCCGUGGGGUGCGAGGAGGCAUCCACCGAGGAUUUACCGAGCAGACGUAAACGCAGCACCGUGAACACUGUAGCAUCGCCUGCAAAAAUGCCUUUCAGCCUAAUGGCAAAUUUCCCAUCCCCGCCGUCGCUGAUUGUUGGCAGCGACGGGGAUUUGUGCCCUGCUUACUCCCUGAACUCGCUGAGGGGCCGCGGGCCUCCCCCUCCGUCCCACCCCGUGUGGAGGUGGCAGCCAGGCGGCCAGAUUCUCCCUCCCCCACACGUUCAGAGAACUAGGAAAUAGACGGAUGAGCUGUUUUUUUUUUUUUUUUUUUAAAGCAAAAUACAAAACAAAACAAAACAAAACAAAAGCCCUCACCGUUUUCAACUCAAACGUAGCCCGAGUCUUAACCUGAGCGCACCAAAUUGCUCGCAACUUUAUCGGUGUUGUUUCUUUUCUCAUCCCCCCUCCCCCCCUUUUUUUCUGAGAAUGGAUUUACAUUCAGCUUUGUUUUUAAGCUUGAUCGAGGAAAACCCACAAGAUUCCCCUUCGGAGCCUCUGAAAACGCCCACAGGACUGUGAGACACCUCUCGUGGAAAUAAGAUUUUAAAAAAGCAAAGCAAAGCAAAACAAAACUUGUGUUAAAUAAGCCAUUCUAAGCAAUAUCUAAUCUCGAUGAUGUGUUCACAUGACUGUGUGUUUUUUUUUUUUUGAACUCGAAUGUUUCUUGUUCGCUUUUAUAAUUUGCUCGACCUGUUGGAUUGUAUGGUGCCGGGUUUCAGUGGUUUGUGCUUUGUCUG